AUGGCGUCGUAUCUGUCCAAGCUCCUCGGCCUCGGGCCCAAGAGACGCGCGCCGGCAAUCGUGCCGACCGACGAGGUUGUGCCUUUACAUCUGUUUGAUGAUACGGCCACUUUGCGGGAAUUCACGCUCAUGUGGACCUUCAAAUUUGACCAGGUGCUCGAUGCGGACAAGCUGGGCGAUUCGCUGUCGCAGCUCUUCCAAAUGGAGGGCUGGCGAAAGCUAGGCGGGAGGAUUCGACUCAGGCCCGAUCGAUCGGCAGAGAUUCACAUCCCAUGCCCCUUCACCAAGGAUCGACCGCCCCUCCACUUCACAAAGGCGAGCUUCAACAUGCGCAUGGCGGAGCACCCUGAAGCAUCGAAGCUGCCAUCUUCAUCAGACAGGCUCAGGACAUUUCCAAGCCCUCGUAACUACCAGUCGCUCGCUUUGGGACCAGGGGCGCCAAGAUGCUUCGACGAUUACCUGUAUUCGGAUCUUCCGCUAUACGCUCUCCAUGUCGUCAACUUUACAGACGGAACUCUGGUCUCGAUCAACUUCAAUCAUGUCGUCAGCGAUCUCGCCGGACUGAUGGCCGUCAUGAAGGCAUGGCAACUCGUGCUGGCAGGCAGGCCCGAGGCCGUCCCUCCGUUCAAGGGCUUCUGCGAGGACUCAAUGGCCGGGCUCUACAAGGCGCAAACGGCUGAAAAGUACAUCCUGGCCGACAAGCACCUAUCGGGCUGGCGACUCGCGGCAUUUGGACUUCGACUCAUCUUUGAGUCGUGGUGGUACUCUCCGAUUCAGUCCAAGCUUGUCUGCAUCCCCAAGGAGACCAUGGACGCACUUGCUCAGGCGGCCAGGGACCAGAUACCCAAAUCAGCAGAGACCAACGGCGCCGCAAGCUCAUCGUCCUCGUUCAUCAGUGAAAACGACAUCAUUGUAGCGCUGUUCAUGAAGACAUUGGCGCAUAGCCUUGACCCAAAUCGCUCUGUCGUGGCUCUGCAGGCUGUUGAUCCCCGUAGCCGGGUCAAGUCGGUGUUUCAGCAGGACGCCGCUUAUGUGUGCAAUGCACCUGCGGCUGCUUUUGUCCAAUGCAAUAGUCGGGAAGCGAUCGAUAUGAGCAUUGGCGAGCUGGCGCUCGAGGGUAGAAAAGCUCUCCUGUCGCAACUUACCGAAGAGCAGAUGAAGGCCGUGGCUGCGCUGGCGUACAAGUCCAUGCUGAGCAACGGCAACCCUCCUGUAAUCGGAGAGAGCAACAUGGCUUUCCUCGUCUUUUCCAACUGGAGCAAAGCCGCCUUUCUGGAAAAGGUGGACUUUAGCCCAGCCGCUGUCGAGGCGGGUCGGUCCCAGGACACACCAGCCCGACCCGUCUACUAUCACUCCCAGAGCUUGGAGACGGGCUCUUUUGCACCGAAUGUCAUCGUCAUCAUGGGAAGAGACUUGGAAGGAAAUCUCUGGCUGAAUGCGGAUCUCCCAGCUCACGUCUGGCCGACGAUGCUGGAACACUUGGAACAGUAUGCGUAG